AUGGCAAACGAGAGCGAGGGAGCGGCUCCUACAAGAACCGAGAGUACGCUCACCGUCAUUGGUCCAGCUGGCAGGUCGUUAUCUGACGCGAAAAUCACGCACGUUAUCUUCGACCUGGACGGCACGCUGAUAGACACUGAGAGUGCGGUGACGGAAGUGGCAAGGAUACUGGUGGAACGGUACGGCAAGACAUGGACGGGCGAGGGCGCAGAGGAUCGUAUCGGCAAGCGGCCAAUCGACGGCGCUCGUGCCACGGUGCAGCGAUACGGGCUGCCUUGUACUCCGGAGGAGUUGCUAGCGCAGAGCCACGUGCUGGUGGAAGAGAGGUGGAGCCAGGCCAAGCCCCUCCCAGGAGCCCACCGUCUGAUGCAGCACCUGCAGGCGUGCGGCAUCCCCAUGGCCGUAGCUUCCAGCUCGCCCCGACGCAACGUCAACAUCAAGCUCUCCUUCCACGCAGGAUGGACGGACAUGCUGCAAGUGCUGGUGGGAGGGGAUGAGGUGGAGCACGGCAAACCACGCCCUGACAUAUUCCUUCGUGCAGCUGGACUGAUGGGUGCCUCUCCCGCGCACUGCCUCGUUGUGGAAGAUGCCCCAGCAGGGGUUGAGGCCGCUGUGGCAGCAGGCAUGUGGGCACUUGCGGUGCCUUCCCUACCGAAUAAGGCCGCCCGGCCACUCUACUCCGCCGCCCACCAGCUGUUGCCCUCUCUGCUGGACUUCCAACCGCAGCACUGGGGCCUCCCUUCCUUCUCUGAUUGGCUGCACCGCUCUCUCCCCAUCCCUCCCUGGUACAUCAAAGGCCCGGUCAUCAAGGGAUUUGGGCGCGGCUCAAAGGUCCUCGGCAUUCCCACAGCCAACCUCCCAGCCUCAUCAUUCACAGGGCAUCUAGCAGAGCACGUGUGUGGCAUCUACCACGGGUGGGCAGGGCUGAAGGGCAGGGGCGUGUUCAAGAUGGUCAUGAGUGUGGGCUGGAACCCUUUCUUCAACAACACACAUAAGACUGUGGAGCCAUGGCUGCUGCAUGAUUUCGGGGAGGACUUUUACGACGAGGAGCUCAGGCUGGUGGUGGUUGGAUAUAUCCGCCCUGAGGCCGACUUUCCCUCGCUCCCCGCGCUCAUAGCUCGCAUCCACGAGGAUGGGGCCAUCGCUCGCACUGCUCUUGACUGGCCCCCCUUCGCCUCGUUCAAAGAAGAUCCUUUUCUGGCAGAAGGCUAA